AUGACCAAUCCAGAGAUUAAACAGUCCGAUGUCAACGGCGCUCCGCAAGCCAUCAUCGAGUCACCGCUUCUCCGCCUCCCACCCGAGCUUAGGAACAUUAUCUUCGCCUACGCACUCGAUCACGGGACAGUCUCUCCCCAUCUCGGAACGACUUGUCUAGAGCGCAGGUUGAGGAAAGACCCGAUCCGGAAGCGCUUCGGUCUGCUGUUCACUUGCCGACAGAUCUACGCGGAAACUGCUCUCCUCCCAUACAAGCUCAACACGUUCAGUGUUCGGGGCUUGAUACCCUUAGUGGCUCUUGAGAAUUUCUUGGGUAGGCGAACUCAGGCUCAGAUGCAGGUGAUGGACAAGGUGCAGAUGGAUUAUGAAGAAGUGCGGGCGGCGACGGUGUGGAUGGAGAAGAUUGCCAAGUCCACCGACUACCACCAAUAUGUCGAGUCAUUCACAACCGAAGAAGCGAUCGAAGAGAAGCAAGAAGACUAUGUAUCGAAGGCGGCUGGCGCGAACCCACAUCGCAAUGCAACCGUCUCGCCCCUCCUCCGCCUGCCCCCCGAGCUACGAAACACUAUCUUCGCCUACGCGCUCGACUACGAAACCUUCAUUCUCGAACAUCUAGUCCCACGUAUCCGCACAACCGGCUCUCGCCACAAGGAUCCAAUCAACCUUCUCUACGUCUGUCGUCAGAUCUAUAUCGAAACCGCACUUCUUCCAUACAAGCUCAACAGAUUCGUAAUCUGGACUGAAGAUUCCCGCAAUCUAGUCACAUUUCUCAAGGGCCGGACGUCAGCUCAGAUCGAGGUCAUGUCAUAUGUGGCAAGGAGAUAUACAAAGUAUUUUCACAUGCUCGGAUGGCGCCACUGGACGUUCAUGUCUGCCACUGAAUGGAUAGAUCCCAGCCACGAUUACGGCAUGUCGAGUCCGAAGAAGCGUUCCGAAGGCGCCAAACCUGAUCUCGCGCCUCUCGCCCACCCGAUGCCCAACGAGAUCGUCGAUUCCACUCCCGACCGCAGUACCGAGCUUGCGAUCGCGUCUCAUCCAGCCGCCGCCCGGGACGAAAUUUCCCAGCGCAACGCAGACUCUCCUCUCCUUCGCCUCCCCGCCGAACUCCGCAACCACAUCUUCGCCUUUGCCCUCACUCAGGGAGAUAUCAAGUGGAACUACGGCACCUGGCUCAAGAACAAGAACUCGGUCAACCUUCUCUACCUCGCCAAAUCAGAGUCCGACUUCAGUAUGUCGACCUCGAAAACGCAGCGCACCAAGUAUGGGACGACGAACCGCUUGAAUGAACGUCGAGACGACAUGUUCGUCAAAGCCUUCUAUAAUCCAACACUCACCGAGCGCAACGCCACCUUAUCCCCACUCCUCCGUCUUCCCCCCGAAAUCCGCAACCACAUCUUCUCUCUCGCCCUCAAUCACGGCUACAUCCCGAUAAUCUUUCCAGAGCGCUCUCAUCGUUGGAAGAUUAAACGAGCUGAACGCCGAGGCUUCGAAUAUCGCUACCACUACAAGCAAUUCUGCAACUUCUUCUACAACCCCAUCAGCUUCUCGGGGAGGUCUUGUUCCUUCAAGCUGAAAAAGCGCCCAGUCCGCAAUCUCAAGCGUCUCAACCACCUUAAGCGGCCCGUCAACCUCCUGUUCGUGUGUCGCCAAAUCCACGCCGAGACCGCACUGCUUCCGUACAAAGUCAAUACAUGGGUGAUCGAAUUGAACAGGCCCUGGGAGAGGAUAAGAGAAGGCACCCAGCGAAACGCCAAAUCACCGCUUCUGCGUCUUCCUGCCGAGCUUCGCAACCAGAUCUUUGCGCUUGCCCUCACUUUUUCCGAGAUCACUAUCUACUACAGCCCUGAGCGCGGAGAACUCACUAUACAUCUCGGCCACUCCAAUCCCUCCACGUUCCUACAUCAACUUUGGUGGACUAUUUCCGCAACGCCCAACACCAACGCCGACGCCAACAUGGAUCUCAAACCGCAGUCGGAAGAAGCGCGCGCUCACAUUACUCAACACAAUGCUACCGCCUCCCCACUUCUUCGUCUCCCCGCAGAGAUCCGCAACAUGAUUUUUGCCUACGCCCUCAAUCACGGCGACAUCGAGCUGAAGGUCAUUCCCAGGAUAAUAAACGAACCCAGUCGUAAGGGCUGCUGGAAGCAUCGCAACUGGGCAGGUCCUUUCAACAUUAGUCUCCUCUACGCCUGUCGUCAAAUUUACUUCGAGACCGCGCUACUUCCCUACGAGCUCAAUAUCUUUGUGGUCUCCGGAAACGACAGCGCGUUCCAGGACUUCUUUGGCCACCGGACAUUGGAACAGGUUGGCGCUCUGGCGAGGGUGCGAAGGCAGCCGGACACGCGUCUGGGAGCGCGACCCGCGACUGAAUGGUUGGAGCGACUGAAGCUACCAAGCACCAACCCCAAUCUCAGCAUGUCGCUCCCCGAGGAACAGCACAAAGACUCCAGCUCCACCAUGACCUCCUCGGAAACGCAGACAGAAGAGAUCAAGAUCGAAGAGGACCCCAAAGAUGAGGUCGCGGAACAAGAACAACGAUUGAACAACAUCACACAUCUCAACGCAACAACCUCGCCUCUCCUCCUUCUCCCAGGCGAGAUCAGGAACAUGAUCUAUGCGCUUGCUCUUGAUCACAAGGACAUCAGGAUCUUCAAAGGACGCGCGAUCGAUGUUAAACAUCCGAUCAACCUCCUCUACGUCUGUCGCCAAGCCCACGCUGAGACAGCACUUCUCCCAUACGCAAUAAACUGUUUCGCCAUAGUCCAUGAACCUAUCGAUGCUCAGCUCAGAUUCAUCGCGCGGUCCACUGCCACUCUACACAGGUUGCUCAAGGAUCGAACACAAGCUCAGAUUGGUGUAAUGAUGAAGGUGAGGAGACUUGGUGAACUUGAAAGGUUCGCGCAGUCUGCAACUGAAUGGAUGAAGACGGCACCUAAAGCGUCGUAG